AAGUCACUAAUUCUGAAUAAGUGAGUCUGUAAGACUUGUAUGUAAGAACAAAGUGCAUGAGUCUACACUUUUAUCCAACAUAUUUUAAUAGGCAUUUGUCAAAAUGAGAAAACAGAGUGAAGGUACAGUUGCGUUUGCAUUCUCAACAGUACAUAAAUGACAUGCUUACAAAAAAAAAGGGCAUGAGGAUGAUUUGUCAUGUAAUUUGAGAUGAUUCCUAGAAAUUACCACCAAUCAUUAUAAGCAAACUUAUUAAUCAUGGCCACCAAAAAUUUUGUUGAGGUUUUUUCUGGUUUAUUAAAAAAUUAAUGUUUAUGCCAGAGACCUAAAUGUAGCUUUCUACAUAAAUGUUACUCCACCAGCUGAAUUUGGUGUGAGGCCAGAGGAAAUAACACUGUUCAGGGUUGCAGUGUUCGUGUGACUGCAUGUAUUUAAACGUUCUGAAUCUAUAUAAUCAUCACGGAAAAAAACUCCAGUAUGUUUAUUCAGACGCUUCUGAUUUUAAUGUGAAAAAUCUGCUACUCUUAGUUCCAUCUGAAUGAGUCGUCAUCGUUGCUUAAUCAGGGUUUACGAAGUGUCUCAUACGCAUUGAAUCCCACUUUAUUGUAAAAUGAGAAGUAGCAGAGAUCGAGAAGCGCAGCAAAAACUGAAGUCGUGAAAGAUUAAGAAAGCUGUUGCAGCAGAAUGACAGAAAGUAGAAGCAAGUGCAAGGCAUUUAGCUUGUGUCUUGGUGAAUUUUGAGUGACGGGUUGAGGCAGGACCCUUGGACUACAGCGAAGAUGGCAGCUCAUAGCAUAAGCUUCGACACAGAUGUCCACUUUAUGGAGCCAGGACUGGAAAGCCCUAUGGAUGAGAAUGUGGUUCAUGACUCCUUCAGUAAGCUUAUUCAGGAACAGAGUCAAGAUCUUGACAGCCAAACAGAGACAAUAGAGAUGUAUCCUCUAAGGGAAGAGCCCGAAGAUGAUUUUUCAUCCUUUGCCAUUGAUGAGUAUGGCGGCACGACUGAACCAUUGGUGGAUGAGCGCUGGUCUUCAGACACUCUCAGAGUUCUUUCCUCAAUGCCGAGCCGCACCAUUGGACGCAGUCGAGGGGCGAUCCUCUCUCAGUAUUAUGCUCGCACCAUGCAGAUGUGCAGACACAGACAGAGCCGACCCUCCAUCCACUCUUUCUCCCACUCUGCCCGGCCCAGCAUCCGCGGCUACCCUGUCGACAGCAAUGUUGAGAACUUUGAGAGGGAGGAGGAUAAGAAAGCGCAGCUGGUGAAAAACUUGCAGAACCUGUCUGUGGGGGAUCGAGUGCGCAUGCUGAAAGCUAUUCCGUUGAACAUGACCGAGAAAAUUGAACUCAGACGUUUGGCUUCGAAUAAAACUGGCCGCUCUACCUACCUCAACCGAGUCCCCUGCUGCAGCCACUUCAGAGAUCAUAUUUUAAUUACUCUGAGACAAAGCUGGUACAGCUGGUUGUCUUUCGUCUCCUCACUGCGGUUAUGGCAGACGGCUCUGAAGACAGUGAGUGGUCGUUUCGGGACAGGUGUCCUCUCCUACUUCGUCUUCCUCAGGAAGCUGUUCUUCUUUAAUGUUUUCCUCUUCAUGGUGACGGGGUUCUUCCUGGUGAUCCCCCAAGCUGUGCGGCACGAACGUCAGCCCUAUGAAGAGACACAGACCUCAGACUCAUGUGUACAAUAUGGCCUCGAGGUGCUCACUGGGACGGGUUGUUUUAAGGAGUCCUUGAUGUACUAUGGCUACUACAGUAACUACACUUUUACAGAGGACUGCAAACAUGAUAGAAAAAAUGAUUCCUGUGGCACUCAUCUAUCCUAUAACAUGUCUCUUGCCUAUUUCUUCACCAUCGGCAUGGCAUUCUUCAUCACCUGCAUCAUCCUCGUGUACAGUAUGUCCAAGUCUUUUGGACAGAGUUUCCGGAUUGACCGGUCCAAAGGUCUGCUUGCCAUAAAAGUCUUCAGUUCUUGGGAUUUUAAAGUUCUCAAGAAAUCCUCUGUUCAACUGCAAUCUGAAGACAUCACCACUCAGCUCAGAGAGCUGGUGGCAGAGGUGAACCGUCAGAAGGUGAAGUCUCCGGUCUUGCGGCGCGUGUCAGUUCUGUGCAUCCAGUUGCUGGCCUGGAUCAUAUGCAUUGGGAGCACUGUAGUGUGUUCCCUUGGCGUGUACUACUUCUCGGACUAUGUGUACCAGCAUUAUUUGGACACUACCAGUAGUGACCUGCGGAAGGAAACGAGAAUGCUGGUUCUCCCUGUGGUUGUGUCCUCCAUUAACCUUCUCCUGCCCGGCUUCUUCAACGUUGUGGCCUGGAUGGAAGAGUACGAGUCGCCAAGCACACCCAACUAUGUCGCCAUUUUCAGGAAUUUAAUGCUGAAAGUGAGCAUGCUUGGAGUCUUGUGUCAUCACUGGCUGGGUAAGGUGGCAUCUGGCCAAAAGAAACCAGAGUGCUGGGAGAGUUUUGUGGGGCAGGAACUAUAUAGAUUCCUGCUAAUGGACUUCAUCUUCACAAUGCUCGAUAGCUUCUUUGGGGAGUUUCUGUGGCGAUUGUUUUCGCAGAAGGCUCUGAAGAGAGAAAGAAAGCCGGUGUUUGAUAUUGCCCGGAAUGUCCUCGAGCUCAUAUAUGGACAGACAUUAGCUUGGUUGGGAGUGUUGUUUACGCCCCUCCUACCUGCAGUGCAGGUUAUCAAGCUGUUCCUGCUUUUCUACAUGAAAAAGACGAGUCUAAUGAUGAACUGUCAGGCUCCCAGAAAGCCGUGGAGGGCAAGUCAGAUGACUACCUUCUUCAUCACCCUCCUCUGCUUCCCCUCUUUCCUGGGUGCAUCAGUGUGCGUUACCUAUACCAUGUGGACGAUAAAGCCAUCUGACAGCUGCGGGCCAUUCCGUGGUCUCAACACCAUGUUUCAGGCAGGAAAAAAGUGGGUGGAAGCGCUGGCCCAUGAUGACCCUUAUCUGACUUGGCUCACCUGGGUUCAUACAUACCUGGUGGAGAACCCUUUCUUCCUGUUUCUCGCUUCUGGAAUCUUCCUAAUAAUAAUCUACUUCCACAGCCAAGUAGUGGAUGGACAAAGGAAGAUUAUUGAGCUGCUGCAGGAACAGAUCGAAAAUGAGGGGGAAGACAAGAAGUUUCUCAUCACUAGAUUACAAGAUAUCCAUGAGCAGAAACGUCCACAAUCCCAGCAUCACAGCAGGACAACCAGAGAGGAGUCCAGUAUCUCAUGACCUCUCCAAGUUGUCUAAUUCUCAGUGUUAAUUGUGAUGUUGCAACUGGAGCCUCCUGCUGUCCUGGAGCCAUAAUACAGGCUAAUGGAAGUAACGCUGCAAAUCCGCCACAGAAAUUACUACAGCUUGCCGUUGAGGGCAUCACCCCAGUUGAUGCACUUAGGCUUUUACUGGACUGCACAGAAACAUUUUAUUGCUCCUCAAAGGGAUUUUUUUAAGAUACAUCUUUUUUUCAAUUUCAAGCUGUUUCAUCUUGCAGUAACUUGCACAUUUCUGGAAAUGUUUUCUCAUAUAUUUCUAGUAAAACUUUUAUUUUCAAAGAA